AUGCAGUUCACAGUACCUCAAGAAAAAGGAUGGGAAGUUUUUACAGAAAUCGAGAGUGAAGAAACCAUAAUACCACGUACUAUAAAAAUUACCAAAGCACCACAUAAAGAAAAGGAAGAAGAUGAUGAGGAUGAGAAACCAACAGAGGCGAAACAAACUAAAAAGCCUAAAGAAGAAGAUGAUGAUGAAGGUCCAGAGUAUGAACGAGACUUUCAAAGAGAAAUCAGAAUUGGACGCAAAAGGAAAGGCAAAAAAAUUGGUGAAGAGGUUUCAAUAAAAUUACCUAAACAAGUUCGGAAGUCAAGUAAUUUACAUUAUUCUUCACCACAUAAUUUAUUAAUAAUUCCUUUAUCAUUAAUAUGUGUUUAA